AUGAAAACAAGUGAAAAGAAAACAAAAAAUAAUAUAGAUAACAAAAAUGAAGAGGAAGAUAAACAAAUACUUGGAAACAAACUUAAAGAUAUAAAUCUAAAGUUAGAACCAUAUGGAAAAGGAGAUUAUCAAUUGCUGAGAUAUUUACCUGAUGGUUCACUAGCUUUUGAAGAAGUUCCAAAUGAAGAGGAUAAGAAUAAACAGCAUUUACAACAAUAUGCACAAAUACUUUGUUCAGAAAUGGAAAAAUAUAAAAUAGAAAAUAGCAAUGAUUUAAAUUUAAAAAACAAUAGUGAAUGGAAUAAAGGGGAGGAAUAUAGAAUAUUGGCGGAAAAUGAGCUAAAAGAAAUCAUGAUAUUAUUUGAUAUGAUAUUAGGUACAUUAAAUUAUGAUAAAGGAACAAAAUAUUUAUCUUUAAACAAAUGUAAUUAUUAUAGAGAUCCAGAAGAAAAUAAACAAGAUAUAUGUAUUUCUGUUACUAACAGAAUUGAAAUAUUAGAAAAAUUAAAAAAAAUAUGCGAAAAUGAAAGGCUACAAUUAAAUUCUAUAAAUGGUAUAAUUGCUCAAAAAUAUUAUUUAUUUUUUAUUAACCAAUUAAUAAAACAUUGGAGAAUUUUAUAUACAAAAUAUUCUGAGAUUGAUUAUAUGCAAAUGGAUAAUAAUUUUCCAUAUUGUACUGAAUUUUCAAUUGAGUUUUUUUUUUUGCCGUCUAUUUUUUGGAAAAUAUCAACAAAUCCUAUAUUUUUAUUAUGGCCUCCUUAUCCUUCAUUUUCUCCUUUUAAAUCUCAAUACGCGCACAUUACUUUUUCAAUUAAAAAUAUGUUUGAAAAAAAUGAAGAAAACAAAAAAAAUGAGGAAAACGAAAAAAAUGAGGAAAACGAAAAAAAUGAAGAAAAUGAAAAGAAUACACACACAUAUUUAGAAAACAAUUACAUUUUUGAAAAUAUUACAAAAGAGGAAAUGAAUAUGUUCUAUUUGUUGGAUAACAAAAGUAGCGUUUCAAUUCAAUUCGAAGGAAUAUCUGCACAUUUAAUUGAAAAUGAUUAUCAUAUACAAUUUUAUUUACAUCCUUUAAAUGUUAAAUUAAAAGAGGAAAAUAAAUUUAAAAAAAUUGUAAAUAUGAGCCCAAAUAAUAUUACCACAAUACCUGAAAAUAUCAUAUUCAAACAAGCUAAAAAUGUUCAUGAAAAAUUAACAAAAGCCCAAUGGGUAUUAAUUGAUAAAUCGAUUUUUUGUAUUUUAGCUGAACAAGCAAAUAAUUUAAAGGAUAAAAAUAAUGAAAUUUUAAUAAAUCUUGAUAAUAUAGAACAAAAUAUUAAUCGAAAUAUUAAAAUACAUUGUACACAAAUAAAUCAUAAAUCAAUUGAUUUUUUUAUUAAUAAUAUUGUUAUUCCAUCUUCUUCAAAAAAAAAAAUUAAAGUAGAUUUCUCUUUUUUUAUUACAUAUGAAGCUAGCGACACAACUGAUCAAUGUACAUAUACUAAAACAGAUGACAAUAAUAAUGAUGAUGAUAAUAAAACGAUGGAAUAUUUAGAUGAAGAAAUAUGUGAAGGUGACAAUAUAGAAAAACAACAAACUCCUGUAGAAGAUAUUAUUGAUAAUGAGUUAAUUCAAAUUGUUUUAAAUCUAGCCCUUUCAAAAAUACGAGACUUAUUUAUUUGUGCAUGGAAAUAUUUUUCUUUUGAAAUGCCUUAUUAUUCUUCUGAUAUACAUCCCAUAAUAUAUCAAAAUAUAUUUCCAAAUUCUAAUUCAGACACGCUACUCACAACAUUUUUUUCAUGGUUUAUUAUAGCGUUGGAAAAAUAUUUGAGAGUAUAUAGAAAGUGA